AUUUUUUUUGUAUAUAUAAAAAUGAUGUCAUCUGGUGCAUCUGAAUAGAAAUUGAUAUAGAGAGAUUCUUUAUGGCGAGAUGAACAUAUGAUGGAAUAAUCAGCUUAGAUAUUGCAUUUUUUAGUACUUGGGUUGAUUUUAGGUUUAAUUCUUCGAGAAUUAAGUAAGAAGUUUAGGUGAAUAUAUAUAUAAAUAGAUUAGUAUACCAUAUUCUCCUAUGAUUCUUGGUUUAGGUUUAAUAAUAGGACUUAGUUAAGAAUAUAUUGGUAAUAUAGGUGAUAGUGCAUAUAUUUUAUCAAAAAUGCAUCCUCAUUUGAUAGUAUUCAUUUUUAUACCAGUUUUAUUAUUUGAAUCAGCCUUUAAUUGUGAUUGGUAUACAUUUAAAUAGUAAUUAAUAAAUAUUUUGCUAUUGGCAGGUCCAGGAUGUGGUUGGGUAAAUUUUGAUAUAAAUAUAAAAAAGGGUGCAAUAAUGUUAGGAAUUAGUUUUAAGCUGAUUCUAUAAUAUGAUAAUAAUGAUAUGAAUUGGUAUGAGGCCUUAACAUUAGGAUCAGUUUUAUCUGCAACAGAUCCAGUUGCAGUUGUAUCACUAUUAAAAGAGUUAGGAGCGAAUCCUGCUUUUAAUCAUUUAAUAGAAGGGUAAAGAUAAGUUGUUAUAAAAUAGAGAAGCUUUAUUAAAUGAUGGAGUUGCAAUGGUAUUUUUUAAUGUUUUUAAUAAUGUUUCAAAAGCUUCUAGUGGAAGAGGAUAAGCCGUUAAUGGUGGUGAUAUAGUUAUAAGUUUCUUAAGAACAUCAUUAUUAGGACCAUUUAUAGGUGUAAUAUUAGGAUUUAUAGUUGCUAUAUGGACUAGAAGAAUAUUAGGUGAUGAUAUUGAAGUAACAUGGUUAACAUUUGUAUUUACAUAUUUUACAUUUUAUUGGGCAGAAUUUGAAUUUUUAAAGACAAGUGGUUUAUUAGCUGUAGUUGGAUUAGGAUUAUUUUGGUGUGCAUAUGGAAAAACAAGAAUAAGAGUAUCAAUUGAACAUUCAGUACAUGCAGUUUGGGGAUUUGUUUAAUAUAGUUGUGAUACAUUAGUAUUCUUAUUAGUUGGAAUAAUAGUAGGAAUAUAAUUAUUAGAAGAAGAUUUAAUUUAAAGAAUAGAUUAUUUUAAAAUGAUUGGAUUCUAUUUCUUAAUGAUUUUAGUUAGAUUAUUAAUGGUAUUAACAUUUUAUCCAUUAUUAAAAUGUAAAUAUUAUAUAAUAAUUAAAUUUUAAUAGAUUUUGGUUAUCCUAUGACAAAAUCAGAGUUAAUUGUAUUUGUUUAUGGAGGAUUAAGAGGUGGUUUAGGAUUAACAUUAUCUUUAAUGAUUGGUUGUGAUAAUGAUUUACCUGCUCGUUUUAGACAUUUAGCUGUUUUUUAUGCUGCUGCUAUGGCAUUAUUUACUAAUAUGGUUAAUGGAACUACUUGUAAAGCUUUAGUUAAAUGUGUUAAAAUGAUAGAUUAAUCUAUUGUUAAAAAAAAGGUUUAUAAAAAAUAUUUAGAAGAAUUAAUUGUUAUUUAAUAAGAUUUUAUUAAAUAAUUAGAAACUGAUGAAUUUUAUAAUAUGACUGAUUGGAUUACCGUUAGUAAUCUUAUUGGAUAAGAACAUUUUAUUAAAAAUAUUGAAUAACUUGAAACUGAUAUUAUUAAAAGUGUUGUUAAAAAUGGUAAUGAAGAAAUGAUUUUUGAUGGAUUACCUAAUAAAGAUGUUUUAGCUGAAGUUAGAUAUAGAUUUUAUAGAAUACUUAAAGGAUUAUAUUAUUAACAAUUUGAACAUGGUUUAUGUGAAGAAUAAACUGUUAGAAUGUUAGUAGAAUCUAGUGAUAUUGGCUCUGAUGAAUUAAAUUUUAAUCUAGAAAUAUGGGAUGAACUAUUUAAAAAUUUUAUUAAUUUAUGUAGUGUUACAUUCUUUUUUAAAAUUAAAUAAACUUUUCUUAUUGGAUAUUUUGCUAGAGAAUAUCUUAUUAGACAUCUUGGAUUUGUUUAUGAUGUUACAUCUACAUUUAUCAUUUGUGCUGAUGAAGCCCUUAAACUUUCUAUUCAUUUUCCUAUGAAUAAAGAAGCUAUUUAAAUUAUUUAAGAAGAAUUAAAAAAAAAUAUUGAAAAAGCACAUACUUAUUUUAGUACUCUUAAUGGUAAUUUCCCUGAAAUUGUAAGAAUUCUAUAAACAAAAAAAGCCUCCUUCUCUAUUCUAACACAUUCUAUACAAUAUCUUUAAAAUACUUAACAUUUAGGACUUAUAGAUGAUAAAGUGUAUAAAAUUUUAUUAAAAGAUAUUAAUAACAAACUUGUUAAAUUAGAAAAUCAUUCUUAUUAAAUUGAAUUACCAUCUUUUCAUUUAGUAACUAUGCAAUUUCCUAUUUUUUAAGAUCUAACAUUAAUUGAUCUAGAUCAUAUUAAAAAAGUUGCGCUUGAAAAAAAAUAUGGCAUUGGAUAAAUUAUAUUUUCAAAAGGAGAUCCAUGUGAUGAAUUAUAUAUAAUUAUGAAAGGAUAUGUUGUUAUAGAAAAUAAUGAAAUUUUUAUUACUAAAGGUUUAGGAUCCUUAAUAACACAUUAAAGUCUUAUUUUAGAUCAUUAACAUAUAAGUGCCGCUAAAGCUGUUGUUGAAACACGUUUAUAUACUUUACCUAUUAAAGUUAUUAAAGAUAUCAUGAUUAAAAAUCCAGAAUUUGAAUUUAAAAUUUAUUUACAUUCACUUGGUAUUUUAUUAUACAUAUUUAUACAUAGAAUAUAUUAGAAAAUGGUUUAUAAAUUAAGUAGGACCUCUUGCAAAAAUGGAAUUAAAAAAAAUGAAUGAAUUCAUUAGAAAUAAAUCAAGAUUAAUUAAAUUGAAUUCUUAAACUUAAUAAGAAUUUCUUAAAGGAGGUUUUUUAUUUUCAGGACAACUUAAAGAUCCAAAAAAUAAUUUAAUUAAUAAAUAUGAGUAAUCUAUCUAUAAAUUUUAGUUAUAUUCCUCCAAAUGAAGGAUAAUUUAUUGCUAUCACUAAUGUUAUAUGCUUUAUAUUUGAUGAAUCUCUUGAAAGAUUAUAAUCAAAGAGAAUCAAGGAACUUAAAUUAGAUAAUUAAAGAGAUCAGCAAAUUGAAGAAAAGUAUUCAGAGUUCAGAAGCAAAAAAAAUUCAAUUAUGGAAUUGAGUAAAAUUGACAUUAACUGA